AUAAUACAUUUGACUAUGUUCAUGUACAAUAUUUAACGCAUGAAGUUAAAAAUUCAGAAUGGCCCAAAUUACUCUUAGAACUUACACGUGUUUUAAAAGUUAAUGGUUGGCUCGAAAUUUCUGAUUCAAAUUACGAAAUUAUUCGUGUAGGUCCAUAUAUAAAUAGAAUAAUCAAUCGUAUGAUUGCAGACCUUACAAAAUCUGAUAUUGAUUGUUAUAUAGAUAAUAAAUUUGGGAGGUUAUUAAAAGAUAUUGAUCAAUUAACCAAUAUAAAACGAUUUGAAAAUACUUAUCCAUUAGGAAGUUGGCAUGGAAAAUUAGGUGAAGAGGCCCUUUAUAUAUCUAAACCAUCGUGGAAAGUACUUUUAAAUACCUAUAGAAAAGAACUAAAAAUUCGAACGAAAGACAUUGAUUCAGUUUUAGAAUCUCUUGUAGAAGAAUGUAAUCAUAAUAGAUCUUAUACUACCAUAUUUAGAUGGAUCGCAAUGAAAAGUCAUUUAUAG